AGGCAUCAGUCCGGUUGCAGCCGAUGCGACCUAGCCUGGUGUCCGAAGUGAAUCGGGAACAGGGGCCUCUAGGGGAUCUCGGAUCCUCGCCCGGGGGUUCUUCCGCCAAGGGCCACCUGAAGCAAGGCGUGUCCAGUAACUCUGCUGAUGGGGAGGAGCGACCAGAGAGCAGGCGGCGCUUCUUCUGCGUGUGGCUGCUGUGCGUGGUGACGUGCGGCUCGGUCAUGAUCCCCCUGGCGCUUGUGCUCAUACCAGUGACAUUGCGCUCGCACCUACUGACGCCGUUGCCUCCACAGACUCUAGCGCCGGAGCUGCUCGGGGACGAUCCGGUGCGGCAGAGUGGACUCAGUCGGCAGCAGUUCUGCUCGCGGCAGUUGCACGUGGAUAACCGCUCGGCAGCCAGCGCCCGGCUGUCCAACCCAUUCAUGAGCAACACGCGUCACCGCCAGUACCGUGAAGUGUUCUGCGUCUUUGACACCAAGUACUACCGCACGGCGGGUGCCGUCUACUUUCCGAGACACAUGCCAUUCGACUUCUGUUCCUCACUCAUCUACUCCUCGGUGGCCGUGCUCUACGACCGCGUCCACUGGAGGCGUCCAGUGAUGGACGAGGCAUUCGUGGCAUACUUUCUGGCCCCGGCGCAGCCAUCGGGCGUGCGACCUCUAUUCAAGCACCGCAGACACACUAUCCCCGUCUACUUGACGCUGGGGGGAGAACCCGAGGACGGCGCCAACUUUACCAAGGUGUUUCGGGACGACGAGCGCCUGUUCCGAUUCACGCACUACGUGGCUAACUGGUUGGUCGACUACGGCUUUGUCGGCCUGCACGUGGACUGGGAUCACCCACACGGUGUGUGCGGCGACCGCAGCGACAGGGCGAACCUGCUGCGGUUUGCUCAGAUGCUGCGCUCGCACUGGCCGGACCGAGUGCACUUGCUAUCGAUGAGACCCGAGCGUCUGCACCACUACGGCUUGGAACAGUUGCUGCCAUUGUUCUAUUAUGUGGUCGUGACCACUCACCGCUCCCAUCACCACUCGGCCACCGCCCUGGUGCAGUGCUCGGCUCGCGGGAGUCACGUGGCAAGAGUGAUGUUCAACGUGCGCGCAAAGUUUCCUGACCAGUGGCAUCGCUUCAUCUACAGCGUCUCGGCCGGUGCCGACGCAUUCACCACCGCAGGCAGCGCACAACUGGGCGAGCCCAGCAAGGGACCCUCGUCGUUCGACUACUACACGCGCCAGCCUCAGCGGACCCGCUACGACCUGGUGUGCCAGCUACCCCGAGGCCGACGAGGCGCGGAUGAUGACGAGUGCGCCGUUGCUUACAAACCCAUCCGUAACUCUGCUGACGUCAAGGUGGCAGCGUUCGCGGGCCCCAAGGAAAUUCGGGUGCGCUUAAAUCGCGCCUACGACUUUAAUUUAGGUGAUACGCCGAUCGUCGUCUACGAUAUUGACCUGGAUGACUUCGAAGGAAAGUGUCCCGGUGGUGUCAAGUCUCCACAAAUCGAGGCGUACGCCACGGCUCCCUACGAUGGCUGACCAUAUCUUCGGUUCACCGCAGGCACAACUUUGUCAGCCUUGUAUAUGGUAGAACGUGACACUUUGGUAUUGCGUACUGUUCCACAAUAGUUUGUGGCACUUAAUUUGUGCUUUACUAACUGGUUGGGAUGUUUCCAGCGCGGUUAUUUGUAUUCAGAAAGCAUAAAAAUGUGAGAGUAUAAUAUUUAUAUUAAGCUUAUAGUUGCACCUAGUACG